ACUGCUUUUCUAGGUUGCGACUUGAGCUAUAGUAUUGAAUGAUAAGAUAUAGAAAAAGACUUGUUUAUUCGUAUUUACGAGGUUGACCGAGUUAAGGAAUGAAAUAAAGUGGUCUGACAAAUAUCAUUCACAAUGGAAUCCGAGGAAAAACAAAAAGAUGUAUCUGAGGAAAAACCCAGAGAAACAAUCGAAGAAAGGCGUAGAGACGAUUCUGAGAGAAAUUCAUUGUUAUUAUUGGACACAGCCUCGGGGCGUGCAAAAUCCCUGUCCAAGUUGUACACAGGAAAUAGUCCACUUGCGCUGCGUCGAACAGCCAAUAUAAACGUGCCCAACGUGGACAUAAGCAAGUCCCUGUACCGAUUCAGGCAGCGCAAUCCGGACGAUCCCCCAAGGCCUAAAGUGGAUUUGGAACUAAUAAUACGCGGUGAAAAAUAUAAGCCCAACGAUGACCCGGACAUGUUUGAUCGUGAGCCAAGCUACACGAAAUUCAAGAUACCCUAUCAAAUGAUAUGCGCUAAACGGUAUCAGGAUUCGGUUAGAGCCUAUGAACAACAGCUGGAGCAUGAGAUUACACAGAAUAUAGAGUUCCAAAAGACUGCAGCCGACGCGUGCGAUUUCAUGCGCUGUGUAGCUUACACGACUUUUUGGCCACCGUUGCACAACAUGUCCGAGGUGAACCAUACGUCCAAGCAUUUUUUUAAGCUCACCGAAAAGGAAAAGUGGCGUCUGAAUAAUAUUAUGAAUACGGAUAUAAUAUAAGCAAACGAUAGGCCAUUAUAUAAUUUUCUAUUUUGCAUAUUCCAAUCAAGAAUGUGCACUCCACUACACAAGAAUACAAUGAGCUUCAUUUAAUCGCGCAUACGCAGCGUGGUGAAACAAAUGGGUGAGAUCGCAUACCGUCAUAAUUAUACGAAAA